AUGGCCAAGCCAAAAAUCAAUGGACCUGCUGCCGGGCGUAUUGUGCUUUCUCUCUCUCUUUCUCUCUUUCUUACCCAUUCGUUCAUUCAUUUCCCGGUUGUUGUGGUAACAGCUACAGCGCUCGUCCUGGCUGCCGCAUCGUAUCCCUCGUCUAGGCAUGACUCGCCUGCGCCAACAAACCAGCUUCUUUCGGCGGCAAAGCAUGAGUUUGUUAGCAUGGGAAGCCGUCCUAGCCGGUCAGUUUUCGAUAACACUGCUUUUCCAAGUCGGAACAAUACGGACUGGAUGUCUCGUAUUCCGGACCAUGUCUCCCUUGCACACAUAACCAUCCCGGGAACGCACAACACAAUGGCGCACCACGGCGGUGAUAUGGCCGAGUGCCAAGCAUGGCUCCUCUACUCUCAGCUGCAGGCCGGCAUUCGUUAUUUGGAUAUACGAUGUCGUCAUUAUCGUAACGGUCUGCCUAUUCACCACGGCCUGAAAUAUCAGCACGCCGAUUUUCCAAUGGUACUGAGAGAAACGGUUCGAUUCCUGGAGGAGUAUCCGAGUGAAGUGAUCAUCAUGAGAGUGAAAAAAGAAUUUCAGUCAGCCGAAAAUACACAGCCUUUCGAAGAUACAUUCCGUGGUUGCAUCGAGGAGUACAUAACUCGCAACCGGUUAUGGACAGAUCUCAGUUGCAUCCCGAAAUUAGGAGAUACACGCGGUAAAAUUGUUAUUUUACAAGACUUUCGGGGUAGCCCGUUAGGUUUGGAUUACAAUGGCAAAUUUUUUUCCAUAGAAGACCGAUGGAAAGUACCAACUCUUUUGGAUAUGCAUAUAGACCGGAAAUGGGAAUAUGUGAAACGGAAAUUAGAUUUUGCAAGUGAAAAUGAGGAUUACGUUGGUGAGUGUUCAAUAUUUCGUAUUUAA